CAGACAGUGGGGGCGGGCUGCCGGUGAGUUUGUUUACAUUGCUCAUAACGCGCCAUGCGAUUCCUGGCUACGUGAUGACGUAACCUGAAAGAAAUCCGGUGGAACUCGGAAGAGAGGUGACUGUUGUAUUCUAAAUCAAAAGAUCAAAAUGAAAUCAAAGAUCUAGAACCCUGGCUGCCAUGGAGUCCGAGGGUAACGUGCUCCGCGUGGACUUCCCAAACUUCUCCGGAUCCCUGCUUCAGAAGCUCAACCAGCAACGGCAGAGGGGCCAGCUUUGUGACAUCAUCGUGGUCAUCCAGGGCCACCAGUACCGCGCUCACCGGGCCGUCCUGGCCGCCAGUUCGCCCUACUUCUGCGACCAGGUCCUCCUCAAAAACAGCGCCCGUUGUGUUUUACCCGACGUCAUGCAUCCAUGUGUGUUCGAACGCCUCCUCCUCUCUUGCUACACAGGCACCCUGCACCUACCGGCCGGCGAAGUGGUAGCCUUCCUCACUGCAGCAAGCUUCCUCCAGAUGUGGCACGUGGUGGACAAGUGCACUGAGCUUUUAGAGGUGGUAGGAAGCGGCGCAAGAACAUUAGUGCACAAGUCUUCUGGUGGGCUUGGGGACAGGCCUUCCCCUGGGGACAGCAGCUACCACAGCCCUGGGGAUGGCUCCAUGGGCCUGGAGGCUGGCGGAGUAGCAGUGGAGGGCUUUGCCAAGAUGGAAAUGGAUCAGCUCCUGGAGAACAGCUUCUCCCCAUCCUCUCUGGAGAACAACAGCACCCAGCCCGGCGGCAGCUGCUCUCCGCCGGUCGACCACGACGGCUCAGGUAGCGAGGCCACCAGCCAGGACGGGGAUGACGAGGAGGUUGGUGAGGGGGACUACCAGUACUCCAGACCAGCCUACGUCCCACCCAGCAUCAUGGGCCACAGGAAAUGGGUCCAUGUGAAGUCAGAGAGGCGUGAGGAUUGCGGGGACGGCGGGGCUCUGUUUAGCGGGGACCCUGCGGUUACUGACCCAGAGCAGAUGAACUUUAACCUCUCCCAAGCCUCGGCCAGCAAGAGCUCCCUGGGCCACAGCAUCGACGAGAAGCUGGCAGCUCAGCUGGAGGAUCGCCUGGAGGAGGACCCGCUGGACUUUUAUGGCACAUCCAUGGAGGGCUUCUCCACCGACAAGGUCGAAGGGACCCCGCUUGGGCUGAAGAACGACCUGCUAGGAGGUGCAACCGGGGGUGAGGAGAGUGCCGGUGGUUUGGAAGGAAACCCCAGUGGCCUCCAGGAAGAGACUUCCCACUCGGGCUUUGCCUCAGUGGUCUACAAAUUGUACCCCUGCCAGUGUGGCAAGAGCUUCACCCACAAGAGCCAACGGGACCGGCACAUGAGCAUGCACCUUGGCUUGCGGCCAUACGGCUGCGCCGUGUGCGGUAAGAGCUUCAAGAUGAAGCACCACCUGGUGGGCCACAUGAAGAUUCACACGGGUGUAAAGCCCUACGAGUGCAGCCUGUGUGCCAAGCGCUUCAUGUGGCGGGACAGCUUCAACAGACACACGUCCUCCUGCACCAGGGCCCACCAGGCCCGGACUGCCGUCAACGAGCAGGCUGCCCAGAUCUGCUGACCCCAGAUCAGAUUUCCAACUACAGUUCACCUCGUCAUCUCCCACAGUCCCGUAUCAGUUUCACUGAGCAGGCUUCCCAGAUUUGCUGAUCCUGGAUCAGAUUAACACACUAGCUUGGAUGACCACCCUCCAAUCAGUUUAGGUGGAUUUAGGGUUAAUCCACCCCUUUUGAUUUGAACAAAACCUUCCAUACAUAUUUGCCCAUUGUAGACGUGCUCAGAAACAGCUUUUUCUUUUACCUGAAUGCCAACAUAUUCAAAAGAUUAAGGUGCUCAAAGUUGACCCAUUCUUCAUACCUAACCAUUCCAUAAGACAUCCAUGUCUUCAUCACUGGAAAAUAUAAACGGAUUAGAUUUAUAUAAUUUGAAAAGCUUACAAACAGGGUUGUCAAACUAUUUGAUAUAUUUUGCCAUCGGUUGAGACACAACAUGCUCUUGAAUACAGGGUGGGUAUAAUGGUUUGGCUAAUAAAUGUAGUAAAAUGGGAAUAACAUUUACAUUUCAAGUGGAACCACAAAGAUGGUUGGAGGUCCAGACAUCAGAGAAUGUUGACUUGAAUGGGAAUAUCUGUUGUUUUAAAUUAUACUGUCAAUCCUCCAUAGGAAACCUAUUGAAAUCAUAGGAAUGUACAUUUGUCAUUUAGCAGAUGCUCUUAUCCAGAGUGACUUAUGUGUGAGUGCACACAUUUUAUUUCUUUUUUUCAUUUAAAAAUAAAAAUACUUGUCCCUCGUGGGACUCAAAGCCACAAUCUUGACGGAGCAUAGAUCAAAUAGAUAAUUGGAAAUAUAGAUAAUAGAAUAGACAUGAUGAUUUAAGUUUACAUUUAAUGGUGGGUUGACCGGCGGUCACCUUUGUGGUAGACUGGUAGUAGUUAAAGUUAACAUUUUAUUCAAUUAUCAUUUCAGUGGCAAAACACAAAAACCUCAGAUGAUGUGAAAUAGGGCCUAAGCUACAUAUGCAAAUAUGAAUUUUAAAAAAUCAGAGUUUACACCUUUUUAGAUCAUUGAAGUUAAAGGUUUACAUUUUUUUUAAACAUUUUUUAAUCCUUUGACACGUACCAACAAACGAGUGUGAUCCUUCUACAGUUGUCACUGCAGUGUACCCUCAAACCAGUGUGAUUAGAACAGUUAUUUAGAACGUCCAGUUUCGAUUGACACAACAGUCAGUGUUUGAUCUGGCCACACUGCUUUUUCACAGAAACAUUUAGCACAAACACAGUCCUUACAGUGCUAUGUCCUGAAUGUGACCAGUUUGCUUUUGGAUGCAAUGUUCAGACAUUGACAGAAGUGGUGACAGCAUAACACAAUUAUCCAAACUAGAAAAUGUAGGCUACAUUAGUCCUAGCGCUAACUGAGGAAAGAUUGAGGCCUGUUCUGACUACAGAUGCACAAAUGUCUGCAUACUUGAUCUGCGGAAACACUGGGGAAGUGCUUGGCUUGGGCUCUCCUCGAAGUGAGAAGUUUGUCCGGUUCAGUAAAGUCUCAAACAUAAAUUGUACACAACAGUGAAAUGUGCUACUUUUAUGUGAAUUAAUGAGGAGGUGGAACACAUCUGAAUUCAAACUGUUGUUAGAAAAUAAAACUUGUUAGAAAAUAAUUUUACAUUGACUAGUUGAAACAUAGCCGAUAGAUAAUUAGCAGGCUGCGAGGGUUAACUGUCCUCUUACUGAACGAUCACAUUUAGGAACAGUGAGUGCAUUCAUUGGGGGUGGCAGGUAGUCUAGUGGCUAGAGCGUUAGACUAGUAACCGAAAGGUUGCAAGAUCUAAUCUCCGAGCUGACAAGGUAAAAAUCUGUCGUUCUGCCCCUGAACAAGGCAGUUAACCCACUGUUCUAAGGACGUCAUUGAAAAUAAGAAUUUGUUCUUAACCUCUUUAGGGUACGUGGGACGCUAACGUCCCACCUGACCAACAUCCAGUGAAAGUGCAGGGCGCCAAAUUCAAACAGAAAUCUCAUAAUUAAAAUUCUUCAAACAUACAUGUAUUAUACACUUUUAAAGAUAAACUUGUUAAUCCCACCACAGUGUCAGAUUUCAAAAUGGCUUUACGACAAAAGCAUACCAUGCAAUUAUGUUAGGUCUGCACCUAGACACAAAAAAACAGCAAUUUUUCCAGCUAAAGAGAGGAGUCAUAAAAAGCAGAAAUAGAGAUAAAAUUCAUCACUAACAUUUGAUGAUCUUCAUCAGAUGGCACUCACAGGACUUCAUGUUACACAAUACAUGUAUGUUUUGUUCGAUAAAGUUCAUAUUUAUAUCCAAAAAUCUCUGUUGACAUUGGCGCGUUGUUAUGUUUUGCCUCCAAAAUAUUGCCUCCAAAAAGCUCUCUGAACUUUCACCAGAUUCAAUUUACAGAAAUACUUAUCAUAAAUGUUGAUUAAAAUACAACUGUUAUGCAUGGAAUUAAAGAUGUACUUCACGUUAAUGCAACCGCUGUGUCAGAUUUCAAAAAAGCUUUACGGAAAAAGCAGACCAUGGAAUAAUCUGAGUACAGCGCUCAGAGACCAAAACAAGCCAUACAGAUACCCGCCCCGCCAUGUUUUGGAGUCAACAAAAGUCAUAAAUAGCAUUAUAAAUAUUCACCUACCUUUUGAUAAUCUUCAUCAGAAUGCACUCCCAGCAAUCCCAGUUCCACAAUAAAUGUUUGUUUUGUUCGAUAAAGUAUGUCCAAUUACCUCCUUUUUGUUUGCGCAUUUAGUACAGUAAUCCAAAUGCGCAGGCACUUGGUCCAGACAAAGUCAAAAAAGUUAUAUUACAGUUAGUAGAAACAUGUCAAACGAUGUAUAUAAUCAAUCUUUAGGAUGUUUUUACCAUAAAUCUUCAAUAUUGUUUCAACCGGAGAAUUCCUUUGUCUUUAGAAAUGAAAGGGAACGGAGCUAACUCUCACGGGCAAGCGCCUGACUGAGCACAUGGCCUUCUGGCAGACCCAUGACUCAGCUCUCAUUCUCUCCCACUUCACAGUAGAAGCCUGAAACAAGGCUCUAAAGACUGUUGACAUCUAGUGGAAGCCUUGUGAAAUGCAAUAUGACCCCAUAGACACUGUAUAUUGGAUAGGCAAAGACUUGAAAACCUACAAACCUCAGAUUUCCCACUUCCUGACUGGAUUUGUUCUCAGGUUUUUGCCUGCCAUAUGAGUUCUGUUAUACUCCCAGACAUCAUUCAAACAGAUGUAGAAACGUCAGAGUGGUUUCUAUCCACAUCUACUAAUAAUAUGCAUAUCCUAGCAUCUGGGCCUGAGUAGCAGGCAGUUUAAUCUGGGCAUGAUUUUCAUUCGGACGUGAAAAUACUGCCCCCUACCCCAAAGAAGUUAACUGACUUGCCUAGUUAAAUAAAGGUAAAAUAAAAACAAAUCUGACAUCACGUGUAUUAAACAACUCACGCUGGUGUGACCGAUAGAGAUAUUUGGAACUCACAAGUGAAAAUGUUAAAUAUAAUAUUAAGUAUAUCAUGAAAUAGUUUGAUAACACUUUGUCAUCUUUUAAAUGACAUCAUACUCAACCGUUUAUCUUUUUUAAAAUCAGUAAUGAAGACAGGGAUGUCUCAUGGUAUGGUGACAUGGGUCAACUUUGAGCACCUUUAUCUUCUGAAUGUUUUGGCAUUCAGGUCCAAAAAGUCCUUUUCUGAUCACUUAUUCCAUGGGCAAACAUGUAUGGAAAGUGUUGUUUAAAUCAAAAAGUGAUUGACUUCAAAUGGAUUUACCCUUAUAGAUUUACAACGGGGCAGUGGCCUGAGCCAACCGUCACAUACAAACUAAUCCACGAUCAGAAUCCUGGGACGCCAGCUUUGCAGUCUAGUCAGCUACUCAGAUCUGCCGAGUCAGAAUCAGAACCUCAGAAAUUGUGGUGGGUGGACUGCUAUAGCUACUUAACAGGAGAAACAUGGAGUGCAUGUACAGUGCCUUCAGAAAGUAUUCAUACCCUUUCACUUAUUCCACAUUUUGUUGUGUUACAGCCUGAAUUCAACACAUUUAAUUUCUUCUACUUCUCACCCAUCUACACAAUACCCCAUAAUGAAAAAGUUAAAACAUGUUUUUAGAAAUGUUAGCAAAUUUAUUGAAAAUACAAUACAGAAAUAUCUAAUUUACAUAAGUAUUCACACCCUUUAGUCAAUACUUUGUAGCAGCUGUGUGUCUUUCUGGGAAAGUUUCUAAGAGCUUUCCACACCUGGAUUGUGCAACUUUUGCGUGCUAUUCUUUUCCAAAUUCAAGCUCUGUCUAAUUGGUUGUUGAUCAUUGCUAGACAACCGUUAUCAGGUCUUGCCAUAGAUUUUCAAGAAGAUUAAAGUCAAAACUGCAACUCGGGCCACUCGGGAAGAUUCACUGUCUUCUUGGUAAGCAACUCCAGUGUAGAUUUGGGCUUGUGGUUUAGGUUUUUGUCCUACUGAAAGGUGAAUUAAUCUCCCAGUGUCUGGUGGAAAACACUGAACCACGUUUUCUUUUAGAAUUUUGCCUGUGCUUAGCACCAUUUAGUUAAUUUUUUUAUCCUGACAAAUUCCCCAGUCCUUAACGAUUACAAGCAUACCCAUAACAUGAUGCAGCCAUCACUAUGCUUGAAAAUAUGGAGAAUGAUACGUUAUAAUGUGUUGCAUUGGAUUUGCCCCAAACAUAACACUUGGUAUUCAGGACAAAAAGUGAAUUAGUUUACCACAUUCUUAUGCAGUAUUACUUUAGUGCCUUUUUGCAAACAGUAUGCAUGUUUUGGAAUAUUUUUAUUCUGUACAGGCUUCCUUCGUUUCACUCUCUCAAUUAGGUUAGUAUUGUGGAGUAACUCCAAUGUUGUUGAUCCAUCCUCAGUUUUCUCCUAUCACAGCCAUUAAACUGUAACUGUUUAAAGUCACCAUUGGCCUCAUGGUAAAAUCCCUUCCUCUCCGGCUACUGAAUUCGGAAGGACGCCUGUAUCUUUGUACGGACAGGGUUUAUUGAUACACCAUACAAAGUGUAAUUAAUAAUUUCAUCAUGCUCAAAGGGAUAUUUAAUGUCUGCUUUAUUUUAUUUGAACCCAUCUACCAAUAGGUGCUGUUCCUUGUGAGGCAUUGAUACGAGGUAGUCAUUCAAAAAUCAUGUUCAACACUAUUAUUGCACAUAGUCCAUGCAACUUAUUAUGUGGCUUUUAAGCCCAUGUUUACUUCUGAACUUAAUGAGGUGUGCCAUUACAAAAGGGUUGAAUACUUAUUGACACUUCUGCUUUUCAUUUUUAAUUCAUUUGUAAAACAUGUAUAAACAUGAUUCAACUUUGACAUUAUCAGGUACUGUGUGUAGGCCAGUGGGGGAAAACAUCUACAUUUAAUCCAUUUUAAAUUAAUUCUGUAACACAACCAAAUGUGGAAAAAGUCGAGGGGGGUGUGAAUACAUUCUGAAGGCGCUGUAAAUAGACUUUGAAGCAUGAAUGGGUUUGGUCACACAUCUAAUGUGGGGUCCAUGUUACCUCAAUGUUCUCACAUAGACACAUCAAUAGCACACUGGCUAAAGCCAUGAUAUUUACUUGGUUUAAUCCAUAUAUGGGCCUUUCUUUUGUUAACUAUGUGGUAGGGUGUUUUUUCGCCCUCGGGACUGGAUGUUGGAGAGUAGUGCCAUUUAUCUUGUCAAUUAGCCAGCCAUUCCCCAGAGGAGUUGCCAUUUAUCUUGUCAAUUAGCCAGCCAUUCCCCAGAGGAGUUGCCAUUUAUCUUGUCAAUUAGCCAGCCAUUCCCCAGAGGAGUUGCCAUUUAUCUUGUCAAUUAGCCAGCCAUUCCCCAGAGGAGUUGCCAUUUAUCUUGUCAAUUAGCCAGCCAUUCCCAGAGGAGUUGCCAUUUAUCUUGUCAAUUAGCCAGCCAUUCCCCAGAGGAGUUGCCAUUUAUCUUGUCAAUUAGCCAGCCAUUCCCCAGAGGAGUUGCCAUUUUGAAACCUUACUUGUUUAUCCUCCGAUGACUUCUCAUAUCUGUCACCUUGAAAAUCAGGGAUUCUCCUGUUCAUCGUGUAUUAAUAGUUUAUUUAUUCAUGGUUUUGGGAGUGGAAUCAUGUAAAUGAGACAGUGUAUCUUUGACAUACUUGUACAGUUGUAGAAAAUGAUGGUAUGUUCAAUGAUGCUGAGUAUGGUUUGUUAAGGUGUGCCAAUGUACUGUGUAGCCCAAGUUAGGUCAACAUAACUUGUGAGGCUGUUGAGCUAUGUAAAUGGAAUAGUACUUAUGAUAUUAGCACACGUUUUUGACUUAUUGAAUAUACUUAGGGUCCAGUGUUUCCAGAUUUCUAUGAAAUAUGAUCCUAAAAUUAAUUACAAUUUGAGUGAAAUACUUUUCCUUCCAAAAAUGGGUAAUUAAGCAUGUUAAAACACAGCUUUUCUGGGUUGGAAUUGUGUGUGCGUACCCCAACAACAGAAUGGUGUGGGUGUAUUCCGUUCAUUAAAAAUGUUCAUGCAAGUUGACUGAAGAUUUCCCCGCUCAGCCAAUGAGGCAGGGUGACAUCAUUCUCUAUGGGUAAAUAGCCAGUCUUUUUUAAAUGGUCUGUUUGAGAUACAAGUUUGAGCUGGAGUUUAAGUGUUUUUUUUUUCUGUCCAAUUUAUGCUUUGGCCACAAAUCUGAGUAUGAAACGAGUCAACAAAAUGAUUUGGGUUUGAGUUAACAGAAUAUAUACUUUUAAAAGUUAGGUUUUCCCUGGACAGUUACUUUAAGUUUAAUGAGUCAUGCAUUUCAGUUUUGGAAAUGGUAUUCUUAAAGGCACUUAAACCUAGUUUGAACCAGAGCAUGCCUUUCUAGUGACUUUUUGCCAGUAGGCUACCUGCUAGAUAGUCUCUUCACACUUUUGUACAGUCAGCCACAAAGAGUUUAUGUGAAAAAUAAGAAAAGGUAAAAGCCUAAUUUUUUAAAUGAUGCCUGGGAUAAGUCAUACGACUGUUUCGCUUGCUAGGUUUGUGAUGCUAGGUCGGUUUUACAGUUUAUACUAUUUCAAUUCAAACAGGAUUUGACUGAUGUUAUAUUUCCAAACAACAAUUGAUAUGUUUAACUGGAAACCUCAAUUACAUAUACUAAAACCUCAACAUAUUUAUCAUAAAAUAUUUAACUAUAUUUUCGGGAAGUAGGUAUAAAUAAAUGUACAAAUGCACAAAAAGAUUACUGUACUGUAGUUUGUAGUUACCCAACAUCUGAUAAUCAACAUAUUGAAUAUAGUUUGUGGUUUCUUACUACUCUUAUAGCCUAAUAAAUAUUGUUUUUAGAUAAUUUAUGACUGACAUUGUUGAUAUAUUGUUAUUUUUUAAAUCAGCACGCGUUAAUGGAUGUUGAAUUUAAGAUAUGAUCCUUGUAGAGUGAACGUUAAAUCCUAAAAUGUUUUGUAAAAAAGGUGACAAUUGGUACUUAUACCACCACAACGAGGAAUAUGCCACAAUCUGUUCACCAAAUAGCUUUCUAGGUAUCGUUAAAGAAAAUUAAAGUGGACAGUCUAAGAUUUUGCACUAGUUGCUACUUUUGUGACUAUGUAUUAUGGGUGCCCUGGGAAAUAAAGAGGAAACUAUCUUCAUUUUGAGGAUAAAAACUACAGGACCAACUGAAUUUGUUUGGGUAGAUGUUUCUGCUUUUGCUUCCUUAUAUUAGUGAUGACAUUUUGUAGUAUACUGAAUAAUAGGAUACUAUGUUAGUAUCCCUUGAUCAGGUUCCGUGAUCAAACAUGUUUUUAGAAAUGUUUGCAAAUGUAUUGAAAAUGAAAUACAGAAAUAUGUAUUCACACCCCUGAGUCAAUCCACGUUAGAAUCACGGUUGACAGUGAUUACAGCUGUGAGUCUUUCUUGGUAAAUCUCUAAGAGCUCUGCACACCUCGAUUGUACAAUAUUUGCACAUUAUUCUUAAAAAAAUAUUCAAGCUCUGUCAAGUUGGUUGUUGCUCUGUCAAGUUGGUCAUUGCUAGACAACAAUUGUCAUUUCUUGCCAUAGAUUUUCAAGUAGAUUUAAGUCAAAACUGUAACUAAAGCCACUCAGGAAGAUUCAAUGUCAUCUUGGUAAGCAACUCCAGUGUCUGUUCAGCCUUGUGUUUUUCGGGUUAUUGUCCUGCUGUAAGGUGAAAAGAACCUGAAGCAACAAAAGCUAUUGCAAGUGUCUGGAACAGGUCAUUUUCCAUUAUUUUUCAGGAUUCUUGAUUACUAGUAUGCAAAUUGUAUUUUUGUAUUGGCUGCUAACGAAACAAAAGACAAUCAUUUUAGAGUGACAAGUCUUUUUUCAUGUGAAAGCUAACAUUGGUGCAUUUGAUUCAAAGUAGGACCUCUAUGUCUACUGUAUGCGGUACAAAAUAUGGUAUCUGAAAUGAUGCUACGGUAUUUGCUUCCACAUUGCAUUUAUCAGAAGUUCUGUAGGUUAUCUGGAGAAAUGUAAUCUAAUUAUCAAUUGAAAAUUAAAUUCCUCGGAAUGAUAGGCCUAGGUACUGUUAAAAAAAUUAAAGUGAACAAUCUGAGAUUUAGCACUAGUUAGUUGCUGUAUUACAGGUGUCCUGGGAAAAUAAAGAGCAAGCUAACUUCAUUUUGAGGAUGAAAAACAAUGAUUAAGCAAUAGGACCAAUUGAGUUAGUUUGGGAAGAUGUUUCUGCUUCCGUGCCCAUUAUAUUAGCGGUGAAACUAAAACUACCUCACAUAAAUUAGCAUGUGUCUUUAGAUUUUUACUAUCUAACAAAAGUUGCUCCCAUUUUUCCAGAACUCUUUCCUAAAACUUUCUUUGUCACCAUUUUUGAUAUUUUCUUCUUAUAGAAGAACUUUGAAUGUUUUGUACAAACAAAAUGUUUUCAGCAAUAAAUGUUUGCUCCCUGUGUAACAUUUCAUAGGUGAUGUUGUUUUGGAAAUCUCUAUUUCACUAGGUUACAUGAAUUAUUUAAAUUAUAUUACCUGUGGACUAUUUAUCUUAUGCUGUGUAAAUGGAACAACCUAUGACACCCUACCACAGGGUGGUGUAUUUUGAGACGGUCAAAUAAUGGAGGGUUGUCUUGAUACCAGUAUUGCGAUACCACGGCACUGAGUUUUCCAUGGCAAAAAGAAAACACAAAGCAUACUGAACUCUAUGGUCCUUUAAAAACCUGCUGUAUGUAAAAUAUUGUGUGAUGUAGCUUGGGAAUAAACAAAUGUGACUCUAGGUGACAAUAGAAGGCUUUGGCCGUGUUUGAGAACAUAAAAACCGCCAUGUACCAUGGGUGACUUGUGAUAGAUGUGUGGCAGGAGAGGAGUUCAUAAAGUAUGACCGGGAGAGGUAGAUGAAGCCAAAUGUAAGAUUAGAGCCAUUCUGAUAGAUGUGUGGCAGGAGAUGUGGGACAGCAAGCCCAAGGGUCUGCAUCUACUGUAUACAGUGGUUCCUCAACUAAAAGUUUUGAGAUUAUUCAGCGGGAUUUUGAGGUAAUUUGAGGUUAAGUACGGUACCCUGUGUCACUGUUUCAUUGCUUCACACCAGCGCAAGGGGGAGAAAGAGCACUGAUUACUCUUUUGGGUCCCAAGGCGCUAAUGUCUCUCUACUGUACAAUGAGUGGUCUAAAUAAAAAUCAAACUUUUCUUUUUGUU